AUGCGCGCCGGAUUCUUUGCUGUCCUUUUCGCCUCGGCUUCUAUCUUGGUGUCCGCAGCUCCGUUCCCUAGCGUUGGCCACCAACCGCCACAGCCCCCGCAUCAGGUGCAUCAGGCGCAGCAGCCUACACCUCUAGAUGCACAUCUAGCCCUGGAUGCCCACCAUCGUCAGCAAGCCGCGCACCACAUAGAGCAGGCACAGCACCAUCAAAAUGCAUACCAGACAGCGACUGAAAAUCAUAACAACGAAGCUGCUCACACGCACCAGCAGCAACGUGAUCACCAUUUCCAACAAGCGACACACCAUCUUGAUCAAGCCAGCCACCAUCGCGCCCAGGCCGCCGCUCUGACUAAUGGUCAGAAUGUUCACCAUCGGAGCAUAGACGAGUUGAAUUAG